UGUGUUUACACCGAGAGCAUGACAUUAAUCGGCCAUAUUUGUUUAUUCCCCUGACGUACGACGGAGCAAAGUGGUGUUUACAAACCGUAAUUAACGGAAUUCGACUUCAUUCUUGAGUGAUUCAUGCGUUUGGUAAUAUAGUGACAAUGCUAUUCUGUGACUUGACAUGAUGAAAUUAGCAGAUGGUUAGAGUGCCACCUUGAUUUAGGUGUAAAGGACAUGUGAAAAUCUUGUGUUUUGAACUUCAUUUCCUGCGGUUUCCCAGACUUUUCCCUCAGCUUUUGAUCAACAAAGAAAGUCCGUAUUGUUGUUUUAAGCUACAGACAAUUUAAAGCAUACACAACGGAUUUCUUUAAAAGAUUCGCGUUUUCUCCUCCGCGCUGCCAGCCAAUCGUUAUAGCGAUGGGGAAUACGUCUCAGAAAGGAAGGCAUAUUUCAGGAGACGAUUCGGGGCCAUCUUUGACAGCUGGCAGGUUUAUUGAUGCACCGCAAUACGAAACUGAUUACAGUUAUGGCUAUGAACAGGUGCUUCCCAGAUACCAAAGGAGAGCUAGGGCAGCAACUACAUUAAGCCAAACAGACAAUCGUGAGAAAGAAGAAAGACUCCUGCCGACUGUGUUUAAGUGGGAAGGUGGAGGCAAAGAGGUCUAUGUCUCUGGCAGCUUCAACAACUGGAAAGCAAAAAUACCUCUUGCAAAAAGUGAUGAUAUACAGGACCGUGAUCAUAAAACAACAGUUCAUGGCGAUUUCUACACAAUUAUUAACCUCCCUGAGGGUGAACAUCAGUAUAAAUUUAGCGUGGAUGGUUCCUGGCAACAUAAUGCCAGUGAGCCUUCUACGUCAAACAAUCUCGGUACGUUAAAUAACAUAGUGACGGUGAAAAAAUCCGACUUUGAGGUGUUUGAAGCACUUGCAUUAGACAGUGUCAAUACGUCAAGUUCUAAAAGUAAACCGACGACAGAGUUAUCGGGGUCGCCGCCAGGUGAUUACGCACAGGAAAUCCCAGUGAGGCGACCUGGAGAAAAACAGAGUGGUCCUCCAAUACUACCUCCACACUUACUCCAAGUUAUACUAAAUAAAGAUACACCAGCACAUUGCGAACCCACAUUGUUACCGGAACCAAAUCAUGUGAUGUUAAAUCAUUUGUAUGCGCUUUCAAUCAAGGAUGGGGUAAUGGUAUUAAGUGCAACACACAGAUUUCGUAAAAAAUACGUAACCACGCUGUUGUAUAAACCUAUUUAGCUGUGAUAUAAUAUAGUGUAAUGUUUAUGUAGCAUCAAAUUCUAGUGACAUAAUGUAAUUGUGCACAGUGAAUUUGUGUAUAUAGGUUUUAAAUGGAAAAAAAAAAAUUUUACCAUAAUCAGAGAACGUGAUAACCUUGUUGUUACUUGUUAAAUAUUGAAUAGCUGCGGACUGAGUGUUAGGGCACACAAACUGAUCAAAUGGGAAUCUGGUAUAAUAAGUAUAGAUAUUAUCGGAAGUUGGUUUGUUUUUUUUCUCGUCAGUUUCGUUAAAGAAAUUUAUUUCUGAAGGUAGAAUUAUAUGGAAGUUGUGGAUAAUUUUUUAAGGUGGCAAUGUAAAAUCAUAACUGCUGGCAUAUUGGUUCAAUGUCGGUAAAAUUCAGGUAUAACUGGUUGUGUAGAGACGUGUAUAAAUUAAGUAUGUGAGUCUAGAAGGUGUAUAUGUUAACAAAUUUUUGAAUGCGGUUUGAAUUAAGGAUAACAUGGUGUAAUAGCCAUAUUUCAUAUCUUGUAACUGGAUGGUAAUAUUUAAAUGAAAUUUGGUCACUUUAAAGACAUUCAAAAUUAAAAUCUUUUCACCGAGAGAUUUUUCAAAUUUUAUCAUUUUUUGGGGAGAUAAUCGGUAUUGAAGUUAACAUUGAUGCCUAUGGGAAAUAGAUAAUUUCUUUGAUUAUGAGAAUCUGAACUUGAGUUUCAAGAAAUAGUUGCGGUAGAAAGCUGCAUUAUAUGAUUCUGAUACAAAUAUCAAAAAGAAAUCUAAAAUUCCCCGUAGGGAAAAGGAGAAAAUCAUUUUUUUCUAGUUUUCAGGGGAGAUAACUCAUGAAAGACCAAAAUUAUCGGGGGGGUGGGGGGGGGGGGGGUAAUCUAAAGGAUUUUUUUGAGAAAUUCUGUCACUAUAUAACUUGUCAAUAUGCACCUUAUUUCUAUCGUUUGACACUUUUAAAGCUUAAAUUAUCAAGUUUUAUGUAGCUUUUGGUGAAAUUGAGCCCUAUUACACCAUGUUAUCCUUAAGUCAUUUAGAUAUAAAAGUUCGUUCAUAAAUAUAACAGAUUUAAAUUUCUACUAAGUUAAUAAUCUUUGUUCAUACAAAUAGAAUAAUUUGUAUAUAUAUUACCAGUACAUGAGGUAAUUUUUCUAUCCACCGCAUAUGAUAAUUUAUAUUUCCAGUACCGGUACUUAGGACAAAAAUACCACUACUACAUAAUGAGGAUUGUUAUUUGAUAUAUAUGAUAAUGUCAUCUUCGGUACAUAAGUACUCCAAAAAUUGUUAUUACCAGUACUUAUAUAAAGUUUAUCACCAGUACUUUCGAUAAUUGUUAUCUCCAAUAAUUUGGAUAAUUGUUAUAACCAAUACAUAGGAUAAUUAGUAUCUCCAGUACAUAGAAAAAUUGUUAUCAGUGCAUUGGAAAAUUGUUAUCAACUGUACAUAGGAUAAUUGUUAUCACCAGUACAUAGGAUAAUUGUUAUCACCAGUACAUAGGAUAAUUGUUAUCACCUGUUCAUGGGACAAUUGUAAUUUCAAAUACAUUGUGUAAUUGUUAAUAUUAGUACCUAGGAUAAUUGAUAUCACCAGUACCUUUGAUAAUUGUCAUCUUUUAUACAUUGGAUAAUUGGUACUCUGUAUUACAUAAAAUAAUGCUAAAGAUAUCUGUUAUCCCUGAAUUUAUACGUGCAAAUGAUAACUACAUACUGUAAAAAAUCUCAUACAAGAAAGACAGUCUGAUCAGUGAAAAAUAUAUAUUUUAACAAAGUGGCAAAAAGUAUGUUUAUGUUUAUAACAAAUUUUUACAAAUUGCCAAUUAACUGUUAAUGCAUAGACGAUAAGACAUACUAUGAUUAUGGCAGGCAUUAUAUGAUAAUUUUCAAGUAUGAUAAUUCUGGCGAGGUGUAUAUGAUAAUGAGUGGGCUAGUAUAACCAUCCACAUUUUAACCAUUGUUGUUACUUGUUAACUGUUUAAACAGACAUUUCCAUUUUUAAAACAUCACAGAAGCUGUUUGUAUUGACUGGAAGGUGUGAAUGUUUUAGUGUACAAAUCAGGUAAUCAACAAACUGUACAGAAAAAAGUGAUCAGCGUGUAUUAUACUGAUAAUUAAAUGGUUGAUAGGAGAUGUUUUCAUUACACCAUAACUAAGGAGCUUGUAAAUAAACAUGUGUACCUUGUUUUGCCUGCUUAUAUGUAUAGGUCAUAAGGACGUAUCUCAUUUUCAUCAUUGUUUUAUAUUCAGUUGUACAGAAUGAACAGUUGUUUAGAUUUUACACAGGCUAGAUACUCCCAUGCUUGUUUUGAUACGUAAGCACUUUUUACAGAUAAAAUAUUUUGAUUGACAUUUUUGAAGAAAAGUUUGUAUCAGUAGAAUUGAAUACAAUAUAUAAAAAUUGAUUUAUUUAAGAAGUUAAUGCACAAUGUAAAAGAAUGUAGACCCCUCCUCCCCUCCCACUCCACCAAUAAAAAUACGUUAACAGUUUUGCUUGUUUUUCGUAGACUGGGUUAGAUAUACUAAUAUAUGUAUAGAACCAAUUCAGGUUAUCACUCUGUAGUCCCAACCUACCUAGAAUGUAGAGAUUUAGAAGUCUUAGGGGAAAAAAGUCCAAUUCAUGUGACAAAAAUAAUCUUUAAAUGCAUAUUCAAAUUUUGUACUAAUUAAACUUUUGUGUGUACUAGAAACCAGAUAUUAAGAUAUAUACUAAUUGCAGUCAAAACAUCUGGUGACUGAAGAUGCCUAGAUAUUUGUAUGUGAAGAAAAUCAUUUUUGUGCUAUAAGAACUCUGGUUUUUCCAUUUUUGUAAAAAAAAAAAGCAAAGCCUCUGUGAUGGAGGUUUAGUGUUGGUUAUUCAGUAAAAGCACAAUAAUUUCUGGUAAUUAUGUCUUCCACCACACAGUGGUGUGGGAGACAUAUCGAUUUACUCCUGUCUGUCUGUGUGUCUGUCUGUCUGUCACAAACCUUGUCCGCACUCUUAAGUCAAACAUUUCUCAUCCGAUCUUCACCAAACUUGAACAAAAUGUUUUUGACCAUAAGACCUCAGCCAAGUUCGAUUACUAGCCAAAUCCGCCCAGGCACUCUUGAAUUAUGACCCUUGAAUUACUGAUUGGAUCCACUCGUCUAGACCAUCUAGACAAAACAGACAUUUUUGAUAGGAACCAUUCGUCUGAACAAUCCAGCAGACAAACAAGGCAGUUGUGGGAGACAUGCGCUUAUCUCAAAAGCAUCUCUAGUAUUUGUUUUUAGUAUAGAUGGGUAGUACAUCCAGAACCUGUAUUAGGCAUGUGCAUAGUUUUACAAUAUUUUUGCCCAUCCAGUAUAUAGACAUGUAUAUAGUUAUUAUAUAGUUUAUUAUUAUAAUGAAAUUGGAUGUGCAUAAUCAUGGAAGUAUUAUCUCUCGUGCUCCAUGUAUUUGAUAGCAGCUCAGAUUAUUUAUUUUGUCUUCUUAGAAUUGACUUUUUAAUUUAUAUUGAUGUUAAUACAAGAUAUUUUACCCUUAAGUUUUUGUUUUAACUUCCGCUUUGCACAAGAUUAUGGUUUGUUUUUGACAUUUUUUGCAAUUUAGUUGUUCAUCAUUUGUGAAUAUUUUUAUACUUGUGAGUAACAUCACUUUUAUUCAGUUUUGCAAAUUCCAUAGAAGUGAUGUUACGUUUAAUUGUAAUGUAAUGUUUAAUGGUAACGUAAUGUUUAAAGGUAACAUUAUGUUUUUAUAGCGACAUUUACCUGUGCGUGUAGAAUGAACUUGUUUUGUUUAGUGUAUUUGUAUAUUAAAUCAAAACAAGUGUUGAAUGAAAAAUUUUCGUGUAAGAUUGAAUAGAUGUUUAAAGCUAGAACAGUUUUCCUCACCCAUAUGAUAUUUACCACGUAUUCUAUGAUGUAUUUCUUGUUAAAGUGCAAUUUGGAAAUUACGGGAAACAGAAUACAGUAAAACUCGGAUAUAGCGGAUUUGUGGGGAAAUUUUGAAUUUGUUAGGUGUAAUCAGGGUUUGAGUAUCCAUAUAAUAAUAAUUAGUUAUGUAUGGACAAAGGAAUGUACCGGUUUGUUAAAUGUGUGGUGGAAUCAUAUAUUGUUACAGACAAAUUUGGAUCAGAUUUGAAAUUAAAAAUAGUCUGUCGUAAAACUGUUUCCAUUAAAUUAUUUGUUGAUGUUCUCAAAUGAGGACUUUGCUUUUCUCUGGUCAGAAAAAUUGAAAGUUGUGUAAUUUAUGUAACAAAAAUAAACUCUGCUACUUGUCUAAGAAAAAUAUUAUAUUUAGGUUUCUUUUUCUUUUUUUUUAAAGAUUUUAAAAGAAAGCUAGAAAGCUAAUUCAAUAAUAUACAUGUUUGGGCAUUAAAUUAUUGAUGAAAUAAUAAAGGAAGAAAUUUGCACUAUAUGUAUAUAUAACCAAGUUCUCUGUAUCCAAAGAUUUUUAAAUGAAGGCGGAAGUUCGUGUAAUGAAAUGGUUGUUCCUUUUAUCCGAGUUUUGGCUGUAUCAGAGUUAACUAUAUCUGAGUUUUACUGCAGUUUAUUGGUUAGCCUUAAAAAAGUGUUUUUAAUUUUCAUUCAUAAAGUUAUGGAAGCACUUAUAAAGUAUGUCUUGUGUUUUUCAGUAUAUUUUGUAUUUGUAGAGAAGCUUUUGAGAUAUUUAAGUGAAUGGUCAUUCUAAAUGGAACUUUCUGGUCGAGAUGUACUCCUAGCUCAUUAAAAAAAAAAAAGAUUUCUUUUCACUGUGUAAUAUUAUGUGUGAUACAAGAUUUAUGCCUGUUUCUCGUCGAUUCGAGCUUUCUCAUCGAUUCGAGCCCUUGUGUUUUAGUAAAAUUCAUGCUCAUGUAGCAUGUUCUUCCAUUAGAAACUUGUGUCAUUCACAUUUUAAAAUGCCUUGGAAAAUGUUAGUCAUGAAACCACUGAAAAAAUGAGUAAAUACCUGUUUUAAUAUUUUGCAUCAAAAAUUGCUUAUUUGUAAAGGUAAUUACAUAGUGGGUAAUAUUGUGAGCCCAAAUUUCAAAUUAAAAGCAUCCUGAGCAUAUUUCGACUGUUGUAACGAGUGAACAAGAAGUCAAUCUUGAUAGAAAUUUGCUUUAUGGAAAUAAAAUAUGCAAACAUUAACACUUAAUGACCUUCCAAACAAAGGGCUCGAAUCGAUGAGAAAGUUUUAAAAUGAUGCGGAGUUUGACCUCCUUCAGUCUUGUGCAAAAAAAUACAUAUAAAAGAUGAUAAAAGUGUAAUUCUUAUUUCCCAUUGUUAAAUGCAAAUAUUUUUGUAACUAAAAACAAAAAUUAUUUAAUUGAACAGGUUUACAAAAAUAUGCACAACCCUAAACGAUCUAAGAGGCUCGAAUCAAGGAGAAAGCAGCAUAUAUCAGUUGGUGAUGUUUCCUGAAAGGAGAAAAGUCGUUAUUUUUGAUGUCAUUUUAAACCUUGUUUCCCAACAAAAGGCAUUUUGCCAGAUGGGACUUUUUAACAUGACAAUUCACAUUUCUUAUUUUAACAUUUAGAUGCUUUCUAGAUAUAGGUCUUAUCUUUUAGUAUUAAUUUAUUUACACAUUCCCUAACAAAAGACCAUUUUCCUGUAAAAAAAGCUAAAUAUACAAACAAAUAUUGAAAUUUGAGUUACAUGUUCCAAGCUCAUUUUUAAUGGAGCACUUUUGCUGCUUUAACACCAUCAUUUUCUGGAACAUUAAUUUUUAUGCCACCCCUUUACAGAAGAGGAGGUGUACUGUUUUGCUCAUUGUUGGCUGGUCCUUCGUAAUGUAGACCAUUUGGUUUCUAGUCAGUAACUAGAGAAUGCUUGGUCUCUCAGAUGCCUUUGGUUAUUGGAUGAUUUGGGUGUGUGUGUGGUGGGGGUGGGCGGGGGUGGUGGAGGGUCAAAGUUAAAGAUAACAGUGACCUUGAGACAGAAAACAGUUUCCACACAGUAACUUGAGAACUCUUUGUCCUUCAGUCAUCAAACUUCAUAGAAUGACCUCUGUUGCUUUUGGGGUUAAUAAGUAAAAGGACAAAGUCACAUGACCUGGAGACUGAAAACUCAUCCCAGUAAGUAGUGUUCUGGUCACAGUUGUCUCAACUUCGUAGGAUGAUUGCCUGUGGUCAGUAAAUUACCCUUAUUGUUUUAGGAGUCAGUAGGUCAUAGAUCAAGGACACUGAAAAUAAGCUGCGCCAUGAGAAAACCAGCAUAGUGGCUUGGCGAUCAGCAUGGAUCCAGACCAGUCUGCGCAUCUGCGCAGAUUGGUCAGGAUCCCUGCUGUUCGCGGAUGCGCAGGCUGGUCUGGAUCCAUGCUGGUCGCCAAGCUACUAUGUUGGUUUUCUCAUGGUGCGGCUCAAAUGUUUUCUGCUUAGUAUGAUUGAUUGUUUCAGUAGAUGACCCAAGUUGUUCUUUGGGGUCAGUAGGUCAGAGGUCUUAGUGGUCUUGAGACUGAACAGGGUUUCAUAUCAAUAAUUGCAGUCUGUAAAUUUCAUAGGAUGAUUGUUAAUGUUCAGGUCAUGACCUGUAUUAUAUUGGGAGUCAGGAUGUCAAAAGUCAAGGACAUAGUGACCUCGGGGACUGAAAACGUGACGAGCGGUUUUUGGGGGGCAUACAUGUUUUAGAAACAGCUUUUGUUGUGUGGUUUAUUUACUUUUGAUGUCUUUGUUUCUGGGUGUGGUUUUACAUCUGCAUGCAUGUGUUGUCGAUCACUGAGGCUAAUUAAAAAUGAUAUGAAUGAGAUUGUUUGCCUGAAGCUUGUGUGGAUAUUUGGAAUGAUAUUCAGUAAAAAGGAAAUUCUUUAUAUGCCUCAUCUGUUAAAAUGAGAAUAAAUUUUUGUAGCAAUAUGGCCGUUGUGUUUUUAAUUCUUUUGCUCCAAUGCAGCGUUCUAAAAACAAAUUUGAUUCAAGACAAUGUCUGAAUUUCAGCUAAUUUGCCCAUACACACAUGCCUAAAUGGAAGUAUAGAAGCUUCAAUCUGUCUAUUAAAGCAGUAUUUCUGUAAACAUUUCAACCAGAAUUUCAAACAAAAAUACAUUUCCUGGAAGAAAAUCUGUAUAAAAUGUUAGAUGAUUUUUGCAACAUUUCCUCAUAAAGUACACAAGCAUUGUCUCGAGUUGCUUUUAAAAUGAUGUACAAAAUCAAUAUGCUAGUUAGACUGUAACAAAUAUUUGAAUCCAGUUUUUCUCUUGAAAUUUCUGAAUGCCAGGUAUUCAUAUAUCAUUUUAAUGAAGGUUUCCAACAUCUAGUUUUAGCAGUUGUUCUGUUUUAUACUUAAAAGUACAUCUUAUACAUGACAUUAUAUUUCUAACUGCCAACUGACCUACUUUUUCUACAUGUUAGCUUGCUUCUAGUAUAGAGUAAGUUCGAACUGGUGUAUGUAACAAAUUAAGAUAAGAAGUCAACAUCUGGAAUUGUGUACCAAUGUUUUGUCACGCAAGUUGAUCAGCAUCAUUUUUACGGACAGCCAGAGUAAAAUGAGAUGUGAGUGACACUUGUAAUUAUUACAGCCUGUCAAAUUUUUUAACAUCGGAUCUAAUUAUAGACCUGUUUCAAUCAGGAGUCCAGUCAGAGAAUGCAGCUUUCUGAUUGGUCAAUUUCAAUAUUGAGCUUGGAGUCAACCAAUCAGAGCCUGGAGUUUUUAGAAUGGUCUCCUAUCUCAGUUUUAUUAUGUUAGACCUUUAAAUUAAAGUUUAAAGAAUUUUCAGAUGAAGAAAGAAUAAUGUGGUUGUUCUUGGUUACAAAUGGCUCAAUGUUUCUAAUGUUUUAACUGAUAUGCAAUGUUGAAUGUUAAUUGUUAAGUUUGCCUAGAUCUCGUGCUCUUCAUCGUUUUGCUUUAGAAUUUAAGCUAGGGUUGUUACAAUGACAUACUGAAACGUAAAAUUCAUUUCUUUCAUAUGUAAUUUGUUUUUUUAUUACACAAAGUAAACAGAAACUUUUGACAUGAACUCUGAUAAAAUAUUGUGAAUAUGUAUCACUAAGUUGCCUCAAAGGCAUAAGAUUUUAUCUUAAUAUCUUACUUAUUUUAAUGAAGAAACUGAUAAAACUCUGCAGGUUUCUAUUACUAUGUUUCUUAAUACCCUAAUUAAUGGUUCUGCCAAUUUACUAAGUCUAAUGAACAAUUUUGUGGAAUCAUUCAGUUUCUUGGGGACACAAUUUGGCAUUUUUACCGAAACAGCUUGUCCUUUGAUGGUUUGAAUUUGUGGAUGUCAUCUUUUGAACAUAACAUGAAUGGGAAGUUUACUUGAGUCAAGCAUGAAAGGCCCUCAUGAAUAUUUAUGAUUUGACAGUACUGUGAAAUCAUUUAAUUUCGUGGGCAUGAAAUUUUGUGGUUUUUGUCAAAACAGAAAUUUCAUGGGGAUAUAAUUCGUGGAUCGCGAAAUUUUGAACAUAAAUUGAAUAGGAAUUUUACUUGUUCGUUGGGAUUAAAUUUCGAUGUUGGCUCAACCACGAAAUCCACGAAAAUAAGUUCCCCACGAUUAUUAAUGAUUUCACAGUAUUUCAUAAUAAAACAACAAAGAUGUCUACAGUGUAUUUGUCUCGGCCUGAAUUUAAGUUCAUUUCCCAGCUUGUAUUUUGUUUGUAGUCAUUUGAUCAUAUGAGUAGAAUAUAUAAUAGGAUAACUCAUCAAUUGAUUUGCUGAAAGACUAGAGCACAGAUUGGGAAAGAAUAAUUGUGAAAUAUAUGCCCCUUUAGUUUACCAUUGUGUGAGUGUACAACUAAUGAACUAGGGCCUUUAUCUGAAUAGUGUUUAAACAGCUAAUUGUUCUCUUUGCUAAGUUAUUGUUUAAUAAGCACAAGUUGCAAUGAAACUUUGAAAAAGUAUGUCUCCUUAAGCUGCAGAUUUCAAAAACUAAAAACUGAAUUCUAGAAAUAAAAAAUUUAAACAAAGAUGAGGCAAAGUGAAUAUUUGGUGCUUUAAUUAUGUUAAAAUUUUGCAAGUUGAUGAAUGCAUGUCCUGUUUGUUUCAGUGUAGCUAUGUGUAAUCACACUGCCGCUUAAAGACACUAAAAUGUAGUUUAUGUUACAUAGCUCUUUAAAUUGUAACUACCGGUAAACUGUUCAAGGAUGUUUUUUUCAUUUUUGGAACCAUUUAAAGGGUAUUCAUUGAUAUUUUAUGUACUGGUAAGUUAAUAAGUUUUUGCAGAAAUGUUAAUUCAGAGUUACUAUAUUAAGUCGGACGUUGUCAUCUUUUAUAAUGUGGUUUUCAAAUGUUGUAAUAAAGCCUAGGAAUUUUUGUUUUAAAUGUAACAGUGCAAGUAAAAUUAUUUUAUUUUGUUGGUACUAGUAUGAAGAAAAAAAUGUAGUUUUUUUGUGUUUUUAAUAAGUAUAGUUGGUUUAGUUGUAAUUAAUGGAAAAAGUAGUAAAAGUGCCAUUGGUCAAAGGUUUACUGAUUUGAUUACCGUAAAAGUUUCAUUAAGAGCACAAUUCGUUAUGAAAGAAUCUCUAAGGCAAGUCAUGUAUUAGAACUUGAUUAGAAAAGUUUAUUAAUCCCCCGCCGUGGCGGAGGGAUUAUAAGAAUGGUCUGCGUCCGUCCUUCCGUCCGUCCUUCCGUCCGUAACAAAAUCGUGUCCGGUCCAUAUCUCCUAAACCCCUUGAAGGAUUUUCAUGAAACUUGGGUCAAAUGAUCACCUCAUCAAGACGAUGUGCAGAACCCAUGAGUCAGCCUUGUCGGUUCAAGGUCAAGGUCACAACUCGAGGUCAAAGGUUUGAGCCUGCCAUUUUGUGUCCGCUCUAUAUCUCCUAAACCCCUUGAAGGAAUUUUAUAAAACUUGGGUCAAAUGAUCACCUCAUCAAGACGAUGUGCAGAACCCAUGAGUCAUGCCGGCUCAAGGUCAAGGUCACAACUCAAGGUCAAAGGUUUGAGCCUUCCAUUUUGUGUCCGCUCUAUAUCUCUUAAACCCCUUGAAGGAAUUUUAUAAAACUUGGGUCAAAUGAUCACCUCAUCAAGACGAUGUGCAGAACCCAUGAGUCAGUCAUGCCGGCUCAAGGUCAAGGUCACAACUUAGGGUCAAAGGUUUGAACCUUCCAUUUUGUGUCCGCUCUAUAUCUCCUAAACUCCUUGAAGGAUUUUCAUCAAACUUGGGUCAAACGAUCACCUCAUCAAGGCGAUGUGCAGAACUUAUGAGUCAGCCAUGUCGGCUCAAGGUCAAGGUCACAACUGAAGGUCAAAGGUUUGAGCCUUCCAUUUGGUGUCCACUCUGUAUCUCCUUAACCCCUUGAAGGAUUUUCAUCCAACUUGGGUCAAAUGAUCACCUCAUCAAGAACUCAUGAGUCAGCCAUGUCAACUCAAGGUCAAGGUCACAACUGAAGGUCAAAGGUUUCAGCUCUGUAUCUCCUAAACCCCUUGAAGGAUUUUCAUGAAACUUUGGUCAAAUGAUCACCUCAUCAAGACGUUGUGCAGAAUUCAUGAGUCAGCCAUGUCAGCUCAAGGUCAAGGUCACAGCUAAAAUCAAAGGUUUUACCCUUUCACUAUCCAUAGCAGUGGCGGGGGAUUUAGCUGUCUUUCAGACUGCCUUGUUCUACAGUAGUUUUAACAGGAGUGAAGUAUAAAAGUGAAAAGUCUUAUGUUAAGGAUAAUAAAAAAGAAUGUGGAAUGUAAGUUUAUUACCAUAAAGCUUAAAAAUGGAAAUACAUUCUGCAAUAUAGUUGUGUUAUUUAAGGUUGGAAUAUUGUAAAGCAAUACACAUAAUGACCCAUGCGUGUUUAACCUUUAGCCUGCUGGCAGAAAAAGAUUCUGCCUUUGGGACCAGUGCAGACCGAGAUCAGCCUGCACGUCCGCAGUCUGAUCAUGGUCUGCACUGUUCGCUGUUCAGUCAGUAAAUUUUCAGUGAGCACCUCUUUGAAUAAGAAGUGGUACUGCCGAAAUUGCAUGAUGGAUCAGUCCAUUUUAGAAACUUAGCAGGAUAAAGUUUAAACAUUGAAUAUGUAGAAAUAGGCAAUUUAUUAGAGGGAUUCUGAUCAAACAAAAAUGCAAAUGAUGGGCUUAUUUCAUACGACAAUAUGCAAAUUUGGGUCAUUUAUGAUGUAGGUUUGAUGUUUGUUUCCAGAACAACCUGAGAAACUUGAUUGUUUCACAAACAUUCAGUGAGUUUCUUUGAGUGGACAUAAUAGGGUCUACUGUGGCCAAGUACUUCAGGUCAUAAAUGUCAUUUGAGGAAUAAAUAUUAUAAGAGGGUCAUUUGGACAGCAUAGAACACAACUGUGCAAGAUAAUAAUAGACUUGGUUUGAUUCUGUUCAUGAGAGUUAAUGAAAUGUGAAACACCCAUUGUAUUCCGUUUCACAAACCUGCAAGGAAUUCUAUUACAAAGAAAGACUUAUGAUAAAGAAAAAAACCCAGGAAAUAUAAGGACAUUGAACCAUCUUUCUUCUUAAGAGAAAUUUGAUUGUUAAAUUUGAUUGUUUUACUUGGGGUACCUGAAAUUACUCGAGAUAAAAUUAUCUGAGUUGGAUACCUGGUUGAACACUAUCACCUUAGGACUUGUGUAUGACAGUAAAAAAACUAUAAGAAGAGCUCUGAAUAUCUUGUAAACUUAGUGAGGCCUAAUUACAUAUGAGCCAUGCCAUGAGAAAACCAACAUUUGCAACCAGCAAGGAUCCAGACCAGCCUGCGCAUUCGCACAGUCUGGUCAGGAUCCUUGCUGUUCUCUUUCAAAGCCUAUUGCAAUUAGAGAAACCGUUAGCAAACAGCAUGGAUCCUGACCAGACUGCGCGGAUGUGCAGGCUGGUCUGGAUCCAUGCUGGUCGCAAAUGCACUAUGUUGGUUUUCUCAUGGUGCGACUCAUAUAAAAAAUUCAGUUCUGUCAAAGCUGUAAAAAUACGCAUUUCCAUUUCAUUGCAGAAUGAGCUAACUACUUAUUUUUGAGGAUUAUGAAUUUUGUUACGCUUCACAAGAUAUCAAUAUAAUAAUUGUGCAUUUGAAUUGUAGUGUUGUAAGUUGUGUUAUCAGGAACCAAUGGUCAUGUUUUUUCUUGUGUAAAGUUGUAAAUCAGGUGUAUAGCAUUGACUGUAAAAUUAUUUUAGACGCAUACAUACCUAUACAUAUACUGUAAAUACACAUGAUGAAAUUGUUACAUAAGAAAGGAUUUUACAGAUGCACAUGUACAACGUGCUGAAAUAAAAUCUUAUACAAGA